AUGGAACCGUCAACUCUACUUCAAUGUCCUGUUCUCGCAUCCGUUGCUUAUCGCAUUGAAUCCUCUACCAAUGAAGAUGGCAACAUGGAUAAGAUAAUGGAGAUGAUGACUGAGUUGCUGGAGGUUUUCCACCGCCUUGAGCCACUGGUUAUCGAAAUCCUUGCUAUUUGGGACAAGACAGCUGGGAUUGUCACUAAGAUUGCCAAGUUUGUCAAACCACCAUUCCCUGGCUCAGGGAUCCUAACUGCCUGCUAUCUUCGCCAUCAUUACGAUCUCAAAGUCACGCCUCAAGAACUGCUUCAACUUUAUGGUCAAACGCCGAACGGUCUGAGAUUGCCCUGA